AAGUAUUGCAGUUCCAAAUUCCAGCGACCGCCAUUGCCAGACGCGGUGACAGCAGAUCGCAUGCUCUCAUGGUAAGGGGGAUGGCCUGCCCCGGGACGGGCGUGCCCUAGUCGCGGGGUGUGGCAUGUCGACAUGGUCCGUCGCGCGGCUGGGCCACUUGGCGCACCGGGCGUGGUGGUGGCUGCACGCGCUGUGGCGCGGCCUCGGACCUCGUGGCGUGCUGUCGCCGCCCCUGGCGCCGCCGCGCAAGCGACGCAACUCCUUCUCCAGCGACGAGGACGAGGAGGCCGGUGACCUCCGCCGGCGUUGGUGCUUCAAGCGCGCGCUCGGAGCCCACGGAGCCUGCCGCCGCAAGGAGCGAUGCUUGACGAGGUACCAGGAGCAUCUGCUGCGGACACGGAGGCUCCAAGAGUCCGCGAUGGGACUCCCUAACAACGUCAUGGGAGGCGAGCUGGUAGGCAACGAGGGCGUGCCCGAAGGCCCUGGGGAGCAGAACUUGUCGGAUUUGGAAGUGCUGCAGAGCCAAGAGUUGACGGUGGGGCACUCGAGUGAAGGCACGGGGAGCCGAGGGUACGUGCGGCUCGCCGCGGGCCCUGAGCGCGAGACCGAGGACCACCAGACCACCACGGAUCAGCACGUGCUCGCGCCGAAGUGGCAGCAGCCCCAAGGAUACUCGUGGUCACCCGGCGGGGGCCACGCGCCGCGCGCGACCAUCAGCCCACAGCACUCGGGGUACGAGAUGAAAGUCCUGGAGGCCGCGGCGGGAGGCACCGGGAGCGUGGAAGGAGACCGCCAGCAGCAGGAGGCCGUGAUCGGAGACUCGGUGCAGGUGACGAGGAGCCCGGGGCGGGAGCCGGAGGGGCCCGAGGACGCGGCCAUAGGCGACCAGAAGGGAGGCGCCGCCCCCGCGCCGUCGCAGUCGCCGUCGAUGAGCGGCGGGCUGCGCAACGCCGGCUCGAUGCACUUCCUGUCGCCGGAGAUGGGCCGCUUCCGGGUGGUGCGCAUCCCCGGGGACGGCAGCUGCCUGUUCCACGCGCUGUGCCACCAGCUGACCGGGGCGGACCCCAGCUCGCCCGCGGCGUGGGAGCGCGCGCAGCAGCUGCGGCGGUACGUGGUGCGCCACAUCCGCGACCACCUCGACGACUACCGCGUGCAGCUGGAGGACACGCUGGCCGAGCUGGCGCCGCGCUACGGCAGGCCGGACCAGGCCGGUCGCUUCCCCGACGAGGCCGUCGACAGGUACGCCCAGGUACCUGAGAGACCUGGGGCGCGCCGGCGGCAGCUGGGGAGGCCUGGAGACCCUGCAGGCCGUCGCCGCCUUGUACCAGAUCGAGGUGGUGGUGCACCAGCACAUGCGGCGGCCCGUCAUUGUGCGGCCGCUGAUUGGGCGGCCCACGAGGGCGCGCGCGCACGUGCUCUACAGCGGCGUGCACUACGACAGCCUCGUCGCGGUCUAGCCGGCGCCCUCUUCCUAGUGCGGACCGCGGUCUUCCCUAGCGAGCCUGUUUAUAGACACGUCGUCUUCUCUGGCAACACCCUUGACAUGUGCACUACGACAGCCUCGUCGCGGUCUAGCCGGCGCCCUCUUCCUAGUGCGGACCGCGGUCUUCCCUAGCGAGCCUGUCUCUAGACACGUCGUCUUCUCUGGCAAGACCCUUGACAUGUGCACUACGACAGCCUCGUCGCGGUCUAGCCAGCCGCCCUCUUCCUAGUGCGGACCGCGGUCUUCCCUAGCGAGCCUGUUUCUAGACACGUCGUCUUCUCUGGCAAGACCCUUGACAUGUGCACUACGACAGCCUCGUCGCGGUCUAGCCGGCCGCCCUCUUCCUAGUGCGGACCGCGGUCUUCCCUAGCGAGCCUGUCUCUAGACACGUCGUCUUAUCUGGCAAGACCCUUGACAUGUGCACUACGACAGCCUCGUCGCGGUCUAGCCGGCCGCCCUCUUCCUAGUGCGGACCGCGGUCUUCCCUAGCGAGCCUGUCUCUAGACACGUCGUCUUCUCUGGCAACACCCUUGACAUGUGCACUCCGACAGCCUCGUCGCGGUCUAGCCGGCGCCCUCUUCCUAGUGCGGACCGCGGUCUUCCCUAGCGAGCCUGUCUCUAGACACGUCGUCUUCUCUGGCAACACCCUUGACAUGUGCACUACGACAGCCUCUGACCCAUUCGUUUUCUGAAGCAAAGACUGCAAUAGCCUCCUCGUCGUCACGCUUGGAACCUCAAAUUCUAACCAACCUCUUCGACUCUUGCAAAGCGACAGCCUCGUCUAUCCCCGUGCACGGUCCAUCGCUAGCCUCGCUCCAGGGAGACCCCGGGCCGGCUGGUGCAGGCUGUCCUAGCCGCCGCGCGCCUCCCCUCGAACACGACUCCGCCACGCCUCGCCUUGCGGCCGCUCCGAGGAGAAAACUGCAAUUUUGCGCUCGACCCACAUUUGUUUACUUAACUUAACAUUAAAGAUUUAAAAAAAAUAUA